AUGGACCAUUUUAAUAUUGGAAUUAUUUUAGAUAUUGUAUUUUCAGAAGAUUACCCAAAUUCAGUACCAAAAAUUGAAUUAGUACCAACAUUAAAUGUAGAAAAAGAAAAUAUUUUAGAUUUAGAACAACAAAUUAUACAAGAAGCAGAAAACAAUAUUGGAAUGUCAAUGAUUUUCAUUUUAGCAGGUUUAAUAAAAGAAUGGUUAGAUAAUAAUAAUAUUGAUCCAGAAUCAUUAUUAGUUGAAGAAUCAUCAGAGGAAGAACCAGAAGAAGAAGAAAAAGUAUUUGAAGGUACACCAGUUACAGCCGAGGCAUUUUUAGCUUGGAGAAAGAAAUUUAUAGAAGAAACUAAACCAUUUAAAAAAUCAGAAAAACAAACCACAACCAAACUCACUGGUAGACAAUUAUUCGAAUCUGAUAUUACACUUUAUAGCUCUGAUUCUAAAUUAAUGGAAGAAGGUGAAGAAACCUCUGAUAUUUCAGUUGCCUCACUCAAACCAAAAUUAGAAGAAGUCGCCGCUCAAGUUGAUUGGUCAUUAUUUGCUGAUAAUGAAGAAAUUAUCGAUGUUGAAGAAGAAGAAGAUGAAGAAUAA